UGCCCAAGUUGAUGUAAUUGUGCAGAGCACCAAAGUGUCAUCAUCGCAACUUUGUCUCCAUCCCACUAAUCAACAUUAUUUUCAUUUAAUUAUACUACUUGCUGGGUGUGGAUGGGAAUAUCUAUAAAAAUUCUUAGUCUCCGCCAGUUUGGAUCCACACCGGUGUCUCCUCUUGUUCCAAUCGUUUUCAUUUUAGUCCACCUCUUGCAAUAACCAAACACUUUUGCUUGAUUUCAGUUUGAACCGGCAAUGGCCGAAGCAAUUGCAUUCGACCUCGCUGUAGAGCUUAUUACUAAAUUGAGCUCCUUUACUCUCUCUCAAAUUGGACUGUGUUGGAAUGUCAAAGAUGACCUUGACGACCUCAAAAGCACCGUCUCCACAAUCAAAGCUGUGCUUCUUGACGCAGAACAGCGAUCUGUGACCAGCCAUCUCGUCAAAGAUUGGCUUGAAAAGCUGAAAGAUGUACUUUAUGAUGCCGACGACCUGCUCGAUGAUUUCUCUACCGAAGCUUUGCGGAAAGAUCUAUUGGGUGGGAACAAGUUAACGAAAGAGAUGUUUUUGAUGUCAAAAUAAUUGUAGAAAAUAUGAUCAAAUCUGCAACUGGUGAAGCACCGAAUCAAAAACUCGACAUGGAUCAAUUGCAAACCCAACUUCGAGGAAAAAUUGGUGGGAAAAAAAUAUUUGCUUGUUUUGGAUGACAUUUGGAAUGAGGAGUGGGAAGAAUGGGUUAGUUUAAAAGAGUUAUUAGUAGGUGGGGCUAAAGGAAGUAGGAUAAUAGUAACUACUCGCUCUUUGAGAGUAGCAAAGGUUACUAGUAAAUGUCAACCUUAUGUUCUGAAAGGCUUGUCUGAUGACGAUGCUUGGUCUUUGUUCAAAGAAAUAGCAUUUGAGCAAAGAUAUGCAGACUCAACAAAUGCAGCCUUUGUAGAAAUAGGGAAACAGAUUUUGGAAGGGUGUGGUGGGGUUCCUUUGGUCAUAAGGACGAUAGCAAGUACAUUAUCUUUCAAAGAAACUGAAAAGGAGUGGCGUUCUUUCAAAGAUAAUGAAUUUACUAGAAUAUGUCAAAACGAAGGUAAAAUUCUAGAUACACUUAAGUUGAGCUACGAUCAUCUCCCAUCCCAUUUGAAGCAUUGCUUUGCUUACUGCCGACUGUAUCCAAAAGAUCAUGAAAUUCAUGUACGAACUCUUGUUCAGUUUUGGAUUGCACAAGGCUUCGUAAAGCAAUUGAAUUCAAAUCAAUCUUUUGAGGAGAUCGGGUUGGGGUAUUUUAUAGAUUUAGUUGAAAGAAGUUUCUUUCAAGAAGUGGGAGAAAGAUAUUCGUGGGAAGGUCUAACAUGUAAAAUGCAUGAUUUAAUGCAUGAUCUAGCUGAAUCAGUAUCAGGGAC